CAACCGCGCCCCCGCCGCCGCCGCACUCGGUCUUCUGUGUCGUGAACGAGCACGUCGAAACGACGUUGACGUGAGGCUUCAAGAUGGCGGAAGCCUUGACGACUCAGGAGGAACUGGCGGUGGAGGAGUUCCUGAGUGAGGUGCGUAGCAGGGAACAUCCCCACAGUGCUGCUCUGGUCUCUCAGCCGACCGCCGUCAAGUUCCUCAUGGCGCGCAAGUUUGAUGUCUCCCGAGCAAUAGACCUCUUCCAGGCAUACAAGAACACGAGGAUUAAGGAGGGCAUCUUCAACAUUAACCCAGAAGAGGAACCUCUCCGUUCUGAACUGCUCAGCGGAAAGUUCACCGUCCUGGUGAGGCGUGUCUGUGUGUGUGUCAGGGUUUUCUUUAGGAAAAUGUAGCGCCCAGACAACGUGACCAGGGAAUAAUUUGAUUUACUGGCCACUUUGAUAAAUUUACAGGAUCCAUAUUCU